AAUAGGCGUCCUGUUCCAUUACACUAAUCUCCAUAUCUGAAUAAUUAUAUAUCAGGUCAUGAAAAUAUGAAUGGAAGAGCCUCUUCCAAGAAUAUUGUAACGUGGGUUCAUCCUUUCAAAAGUUUUACUAUGGAUAAUAAUUGCUUCAAGGAAAUGGGUGAAUUUAGAGAAUGGGUGAAUGAAGGUCACAGACCACGCAACAAGGAUCGUGAAAUUUAUGUUACAUUGUUUGCGAAAAGAAUCAUACGUGAUAGCAAUGUGGUUGACCAUGAAUGGGAUGGCAAUACACAUCACAUCAAGUUUGACUCAUUGUUGUGGAAGUAUGGCAAGAUGAAACUUGAGAAACAUAUUACAAACAAUGAAUCUGAAUCAUCAUGAAUAAUGAAAAUAACGGAUCGUGUGAAGCAUUAUAAUAAUUAUCUUAUGUCUUAUCAAAUUAAGAGAAAUAGGAAUUUAUGACUUGUCCAUUGUGUGUGUUUGAUUCACUAUUCUUUCCUAGUUAAGUUGGUAUUCUGAAAUAAGUUUUGAAAUAGUACAGUUCUUUGUCUAUUUUAAUUAAGUGAUGAACUUAUAUAUAUUAUUCCUACCCU